UAAAAUUUAAAUAAGAAAUAUUAAUUAUAUUUAAUAUCCCAACAAAAACCCACAUUUCAAAGAAAAGCAGCUAGUCGUUUUAUCAACGAUAAUAAUGAGAUUAAUCUCAUACAAUUGAGUCCUCGUGGAGUAUCUAGUCAUUUGGAAAAACGCAGCCUUUUUACCAUGAGCGAUAAUGAGGAUUCGGAAACCAAUUUCAUAGGGGAUACCAUUUUAGCUCCUGAAAGAAAUCGUGCCUAUGUGGUAACAAAAACGGGUGAAAAACAUUUAUUAGAUUUGGAUAAUAAUGCUCUCCCCAAAACCAGUUCAAAUCCUUUUGCUUUACAUACACCCAUAUUCUCGACACCCACUAUGGAAACUAUAUCAGAGAAAUCAUCUUCACAUUUAUCAAAUUCGGAUAAAAUGAACAAAAGCAGCAGUAAAUUAUUCAAAAAACUUAAGUUUUUACUCCCCGAAAUUUGGAAAAAACCUCAACACAACUGCUGGCAGCAUGAUGUUAACAAAAAUCUUCUAAAUCAAAAACAGUCUAUGUUUGUUUCAAAAUCAUGGGCAAACACUAGUAUAGAAACUCAAACGGAAAAUUUUCCUUGUUUAGGGCAUUGUUUGUAUAUACCCAGACAUUUUAGUACACCAAGUGGUUCCAUCAAUUAUAUACCCAUGGAGGGCGCUAGAAAGAUUUUAAAUGAAUCACAGCGAAAAUUUUACUCCACGAUGGCCAAAGCACAACCACCAUUCAAACCUUUGCAGAUUUAUACAAAAUAUAAUCCCAAUUUACGGAAGUAUUCUGAAUUGCGCAACAUUGCUUCGGCUGUUACCUUUAUAACAGUGGUAUCUUGGUUGUUUUCUAAAAUUUUUGAUAUUGAAUUCUUUUGGGAUUAUUUAAAUAGUUUGUGGCAAUAAUUUUUUGCAAUUGGUUUUUCACGAGAGAUUUCUCUCUCAAACAAAGUUAGAAAUAUUGGUAUCAUUUUUACAGGUCCUAAAAAUUUAAAUUUUUAUUUUUUAUUUGUAAUAAUGAACAGUUGUUUCCAAUAUACUAUGUAACAUAAAGGAUGUAAAAAAUAUUGUAAUUAUUUGUUGUAAAAUAAAAAUA